CUUGUUUUGCUCGCAGAAGCGCACUGUGCUGGGGACGAACAUGGCCCUCCUUCUCAACUUCUCCAUCGAGACCUGGACUUUGGUCGUUAUUUUCAUCACUCUCGUCGCGGUGUAUGGAUAUGCUCCUUAUGGCUUUUUCAAGAAAAUAGGCAUCCCUGGGCCCAAACCGUUACCUUUCAUUGGGACAUUUCUGGAGUACAGAAAGGGCAUCCACAUUUUUGACACAAAAUGCUAUGAAAAAUAUGGGAAACUAUGGGGCAUGUAUGAUGGCAGAUCUCCUCUGCUGGCUGUUAUGGACACGGCUAUGAUCAAAACCAUCUUGGUUAAGGAGUGUUAUUCUAUCUUCACUAACAGACGGGAUGUGGGCUUAAAUGGACCACUACGAGAUGCUGUGUCAGUGGUCGAAGACGAGGAAUGGAGGAGGAUUCGCAGCAUUCUUUCUCCAUCAUUCACAAGCGGGCGACUGAAAGAGAUGUACACAAUAAUGCUGAAGCACUCAAACAAUCUGAUUAAAAGUCUGCAGAAGAAAGUUGAGGCAGAUGAAGUCAUAGAGGUUAAAGAAGUAUUUGGACCGUACAGUAUGGAUGUGGUGACCAGCUCAGCUUUCAGUGUGGACAUUGAUUCCAUCAACCAUCCCUCUGAUCCUUUUGUGGGAAACAUCAAAAAAAUGGUCAAGUUUAACUUCCUGAACCCUCUGCUUGUCCUUGUGGUUCUGUUUCCAUUCUGCAGACCCUUACUUGAGAGGAUGGAUGUGUCAUUCUUCCCCAGCGAUGUGUUGAGUUUCUUCUUCAGUUUUUUAAAGAAAAUAAAAUCAGAAAGGGAUCAAACUAAUAACAAAAGCCGAGUGGACUUCAUGCAACUAAUGGUGGAUUCUCAAAAUGUAGAGGACAACAAAGAGGAGAAAAGCGCACAAAAAGGGCUGACUGAUGCUGAGAUUCUUGCUCAGGCCAUGAUAUUCAUCUUUGCUGGAUAUGAAACUAGUAGCAGUUCACUUGGCUUUUUAGCCUACAACUUGGCAACCCAGCCUCAUGUCCAAAAGAUCCUCCAGCAGGAGAUUGAUGAAACCUUCCCAGAUAAAUGUCAGCCAACUUACAAUGCCCUGAUGCAGAUGGAAUACCUGGACAUGGUGAUGAAUGAAUCAAUGAGGCUGUAUCCUAUUGCUAAUCGACUGGAAAGAAUUUCAAAGACUUCAGUUGAGUUAAACGGUUUGACCAUCCCUAAGGGAACGGUUAUUGUAGUGCCGGUUUACGUUCUCCACCGUGACCCUUCUCUAUGGCCUGAGCCUGAAGCGUUCAAACCUGAAAGGUUCAGCAAAGAGAACAAACCCAACUUGGAUCCUUACGCUUUCCUACCCUUUGGAGCAGGGCCAAGAAAUUGCAUUGGCAUGCGAUUUGCUAACCUGAUGAUGAAGCUGGCAAUAGUGCAGAUCCUUCAGAACUUCACCAUUGUCACUUGCAAAGAGACAGAUAUUCCCAUGGAGCUGGGAGCUGAUGGAUUCACAACACCCAAGAACCCAAUCAAGCUGAAGCUCAAACCCAGAACAGCUGAGACUGAUUCUCCCACAAGCUAAUAACCUGACCAGACUUACAUUUACCUGUUAAGUGUUAAAUGUUUAUGAUUAUCCUCCUAAAUACAUUUGUAUUAGAAAGAAAAUACUGCCAUUUAUCUGUAAUAAAUGAAACACUCGAUCACUUAUAGGCAGGGACAUUAUGGUGUUGGGAAAAGUGGGGGAGCUUUGAUGGACAUUAAAAAAAAAUCUCUUUUCUCACUAUGUAAUAACUGUUAAAUAUAUUUUCUGGAGAAGAAAGAGGAAAAAUAAUUUGCAGGAUGAAAAAAAAUCCUUAUCACUAAGGCCACUUUCAAGAAAAGAAGCAGUCAGUUGUGUGUUGCAUGCUUGUGCUGUGAUGAAGGAGACCAAUAUGAUGUUUCUUUUUUCUUCCGUGGAGCGUUCCUGGCGGAGCCCCUGCCUGUAGGAAUGAUUACAUUAUUCCAAAGAGCAUUUAAAAAUGAAGCAUGUAUCAAGACUUGCUCACCACAGAAUUUCACUAAGUUGUUCCUCUAAUGUUCUGAUAAUGUACUUUUUAUUCUCAUUAACGGCAACAGAUUUGUUUGAUUUUAAGCAUGCUGUUUAAAAACACACCACUCUGUGAGCUAAUUGUUGAGUUUUUGAUCAUUAUGCGAUCCAUUGGUGGGCAUCUGUUGUUGAGUUUUCCAUUUCUUCCAUUGUCUUUUAAGGUUAAAACAUUUAUACAGAGUACUAUUACACUGUAAUUACUGAUCUAAUUGUAAUCCAAUUUAACAUGUAAACAUGGCUUUAAUGUUUUCUGGAUGGUUAAAAGAUGAAGAUGAUCAAAUUGAGACACAGUCAAACCUUAUUAUCUUUAAAGCAUACUCAGUUAAAUACACUUAUUUUUUGUCUUUAUUCUUUAUUAUUUAUAUAUUGCAUUAUUAGUUUGCCAUCACUUUUGUGUAGUUAUACUUUUUGUUUUUGUAUGCUAAUCUUGUGUUCUUUAUAGCACAUGAAAUUUUAAUAACUUCGGUGGAGGCUUCAAAUAAGCCCAUUGGGUUUUUUGCCUCUUCCUGCACCUAUAGUAUUUAUAUUUGAUAUUUCCUGUAUAUUUUUAAAACUGUGCAAAACAAUA